AAGAGGUACCAAUUUUAAAAAGAAAAAUUGCUAACUUUAAUAGCACUCAAAUAUUGAAACCUUAGAAUGCAAGCAAGCAGGUGUAUUUAUAGUGAGGAUGUGCAUGUUCAAGAGAACACGCGCCACCGCACGCCUCGGCCUCGCAAGACCCUAUGAAUCUAGACAAGGGAACACUUAAAGCCGCUUUUUGAAAAAUUGCAGAAACUUUUUUCUUUCUCGGAAGCAAAGUUUGUGCCCAGAAUAAGUGAUGGUUGCCGUCCGAGUACAGCUAGUGAACGUAACGAAAGAAGUUCAUUAUGAAGAGGCACAAUCGGGACGUGAGAAGAAAUAAGAGGAAUUCAAACACGUCAGCGCUGGCAUCCAAGAUGUUUCAAGCGAUUAAUGACGAGGACGUCGACGCGUUGAAGGAAAUUCUGACGGCGGAAAGCAUAGAACUUGACAACAUCAGAACGGGAAAAGGCGAUUUUGCACUUCAUCUAGCAACCCGCGUAGGAAAUGCAGAAAUAGUGGAACUUCUCGUGGAAAAUGGAGCUGAUGUCGACAUUCAAAAUAAUGACUACCAGACUCCUCUUCAUAUCGCCGUAGCAAGCGAAGAUAAAACACUAGUUGAUUAUUUCGUCAGCUGUAACGCUAAAUCUGACAUCCCGGAUAAUGGAGGAAUAACUGCUGCUCAACUGGCGUCAAGUCUGGAAAAUUCAGCAAUAAGUGAAGCCCUUCCCAUGAAAGUGAAUAAACCAUUCCAACCACCCGCGGAUGUAACCAAGGGACUGCUUACAGCGAUCAAAACUGGAGACGCGGAUACCGUAAGAGGACUUCUUGAUUCCGGUUAUUUGGAUGAGCAUGUCUUGGAAACAACAUUGGAAAAUGGUGAAACAUCCCUUCAUCUUGCUGUUAAAUUAAGAAACGUCGAAAUAUCCAAAAUGCUGGUACAAGGAGGAGCUAAAACUGAAACGAAAAACGAUGAUGGUGACACCGUUCUUCAUAUAGCAGCUGAGAAUGGAGACAUUACUGUGGCAAGAUUCCUGCAAAGUGUAAAGGCUAGACCCAAUGUUGUCAAUAACGAUGGAGACACGCCCUUGCACGUGGCUUGCCGGAAGAGACACGUGAGCCUUGCGGAACUGCUGCUGGGGAAAUUCAACGCCAACAUCAACAUAAGAAACAAGAAUGGCGACACGCCGUUGUUUGUUGCCGUGCGAGUGAACUGUACACAAGUGAUAAAAGACUUGCUGAAUUCGUCACAGGCAGAUCAGGAUGUUAGGACUGGAAGAACGGAAAAUGGAGACACGUUAAUACAUAUCGCCACUCAAAACAAGGACCCAGACCUGGCCAAGCUACUGGUGCAGUGGGGAGCUCCGCCGGACGAACAGAACGACGAAGGAAGAACCCCACUGCAUGUAGCAGCACGUAAAGGCGAUGAAGAAAUGGUGAAAUAUCUGCAUACGCUGAAAGUGAAUCCAAACACGCCCGACAACAAUGACAUGACGCCUCUUCAUUUAGCCGCCAGCGCUGGAUAUCACAACAUCGUGGCAUUUUUUCUGGAUAAAUUUAAAGUGGACGUUCUUUCCAGAGGCAGGGAUGGUAGUACCCUUCUUCACCAGACGUGCUCGGCCGGUCAGCUAGAAGCCUCUAAUGCUCUGAUAAAGAAAGGCGUUCUCAUACACAUGCCUAACAAGAGUGGUGCAUUAUGCAUUCACGAAGCAGCCAAGAGAGGUCACGUUGGAUUAGUGAGAAUGCUGCUGGAGAAGGGAAUUCCUGUGAACGCGAAGAACAAGAAAAAUUACACCCCACUCCAUCUGGCCGCACUUAGCAAGAAACAUCUUGUUGCACAGUUACUGAUAGGAUACGGUGCUGACGUUACAGUGAUUGGUGGUUUGGCGAAAGAAACCCCACUUCACAUGGCAUCUAAGGUCAAAGGAGGAGAAAAAGUUGUGGAUGUUUUGAUCAAAAGUGGAGCUGAUCCUGAUACUGCAAAAGAGAAUGGUGAAAGAGCCCUUCAUUUGGCUGCUAGAUGUGGAAAUUUAGAAGUUGUAAAACUUCUUUUGCGAGAAGAUGCUGAAGUCGCUCGUAGAUGCAAGUCAGGGGACACUCCUCUUCAUUUUGCCUGUCAAAAUGGACACUCUCAGAUAGUGGAAGCCCUGAUCAAGAAGAUUUUCCAAGUCAAGUCUUACAUGCUUGCUCGUCUUGUUGUCAAUAUACCAAACAAUGGUGGAGAGACUGCCCUGCAUUCUGUUUCAGGCAUUCCUCAGGGAAGGAACAAUACAGAUGAUCAUGUGAAUGUAGUACAGAUUUUGCUGGAACAUGGCGCAAACCUGACUUUUACAACAUAUCAGAAAAGAGAGACAGCUCUUCAUUGGUGUGCCAGAUCAGGAAACCACAAGAUUGUGGAGGCAUUCUUCACUUCCGAAGUGAUUCCAGAGCAUAUCAAACUUUCUACUAUCAACAGGACAACUGAGAGUGGGGCAUCUCCACUGAUGAUCGCCUCACAAUAUGGCAUGUUGGAAGUGGUGCGAGCACUCCUGAGGUUUCACGCUAGAGUUGAUGUUUUCGAUGAGGUGGGUGGUACAGCUCUCCAUUAUGCAGCAUCCAGAGGCCAUGUAGAUGUUGCUCGUGAACUGCUGAAUCACAAAGCUUACGUGAAUGGAAGGACCAAGCCAAAUCUCCGCUAUUCAGCCAGUAAAUCACGUGGUGACAGAGAAGAUAUGCCUAUUGGUCUAACUCCACUUCAUAUUGCGGCUGAGAAAGGUCACCCAGAGUUUGUACGUGUGAUUGUAACAAAGUACAACGCCAUUAUUGAUCCACUUACUGUGGACAAAAAGAGUCCUCUGCAUGUAGCUGCGGGGAAUGGUAGAACCGAAGUGUGCAAGGUACUUCUUGAUCUCCGAGCCGAUGCCAGUGUAGCAGACAGUAAAGACAUGAUUCCUGUCCAUUAUGCUGCUCUGAACGACAAGGAGGAAAUCGUGGAAUUAUUCUUCAACGUCAGACCUGACACCAUGACACAAAUCGACGCGGAGGGAUUGAACGCGUUACAGAUUGCUGCUUCCAGUGGUAGUCUUAAGGUGGUGAGGAAAUUGGUUGAGCUUGACUUUGCCAAAUGUUCAGCUGAUACGGGUGUUCUGUGCAAACCGCUCCUUCUAGCUGCUCGAGGAGGCCACAAAGACAUUGUGGAAUUUUUAUUAGAAAAGGGAGCUUCGCCUACUGAGGAAGACACGGAAGGCAACAGCGUGUUGCAUUUAGCCGCCAAGUUUGGUCAGCUCAAAGUUAUCGAUAUGCUGUGGGGGAAGACGGCUAUAAACCGAACAAGUGUCAAGAACGGAAUGACUGCCAUCCACGUUGCUGCCUUAUUUGGUCAGACAGAAAUUGUCCAGGAAUUCCUCUCCAGGGCCCCUCAAACUGCCACACUAGUCAGUGAGCGUCCUGCUGAUAGCGAGGAAGAGGACGAAGACUUUGGAUUCACGCCUCUUCACCUUGCGGCUCAAAAUGGCGACAACACUCUUGUACGAGCCAUCACAAAUCAUCCUGGAGUACGAGUGGAUUCUGUAACAUUAAAGGCGGGUCGUACAGCACUUCAUAUAGCAUCCCUGGAAGGACACGUGGAAGUCGCCAGCACUUUGAUUAGCAAAGCUACGGCCUUGCUGCACCAGGUGGAUAAUGAAGGUCGUACUUCUCUUCAUCUGGCUGCUGCUAAUGGACACAGAGACCUGCUCACGAUUCUGAUUGGUCAAGGAGCUGAGAUUGACGCCCAGGAUAAUCUUGGUAACACCGCUCUUCACAUUGCCGCCGGAGCUGGCUACCAGGCAGUAGUGAAGCUGCUGAUGGAGUAUGGUGCUUCACCUUUGAUCGAGAAUAAGUCUGAGGAUGUAGCGAUUUGUCACGCGGCAAGUGAACGACACAUUGAGGUGCUGGAUUUCUUGCUCGCUCAAAAACUGAAUCACGACCGACUUCUGAGUAACAAAAAGUUUUUAGUCGACCUUGUUAUAUGCUCCCGCUCGGGCAAUCACAAAUCUUUGAUGAACUUUGUGCUUAGUGCACCUGCACCAGUUCACAUUUCCUCCUUCCUGUCGCGACACUACCGCAUUGAAACCACUAAGAACAAAGAAAACACAGUGGAGCUGGACAUAGCCAGCAGUUUCUGCGAGACCAUGGCGAAGGAUUUGAUCAGCAUCUCCUGCGCGGAGGAUUCUGAAGCAGUCCUUAAUUCCCUUGAUGGAAAGAACGUGGCGUUUUUGGAUUUCCUGAUCGAAUGCGAGCUGAAGCAGUGCGUAUCGCAUUCUCUAGUCCAACAGUACGUCACGCAGAUCUGGUUUGGCGAUCUCAAGUGGGAACAGUGGAAGUUUAUGCUGUUGUUCCUUGUGGCGUUAAUCUUCCCGCCCCUCUGGGUUUACCUGUCGCUUCCAUUCAAGAACAAGCACCGACAGAUCCCCAUCAUCAAGUUCAUCUGCCGACUCAUCUCCCACCUUUACCUGAUCCUUAUCCUGUGUCUGACAGUUGUCGUGCCCUGGAAUUACUCCGGCCACGUCCUGACACCUCACUGGUACGAGUAUUUCCUCUACAUCUGGAUCCUAGGUAUGCUGCUGUCGGAGAUCAGCAGCGAACGCGAACGAAGCGGUUUGGGAUGGUUCCCUACCAUCGUGGUCUUCUUGGCUCUUUUUUCGGAGCUGCUGCGGAUCAUUGCCAUUGGCUAUCACGGCUCCGAGAGACUUAACAUCGUGUUCGUGCGAAACCAAUGUCUGGGCGUGGCGCUGACGUUGUGCGUUCUACAGCUCCUUCAGUUUUUGUCCAUUCACCGAUUGUUUGGUCCCUGGGGAGUGAUCAUCGGCCAUCUUGUCGUAGACGUGCUUCGCUUUCUGCUGAUCUUGACCAUCUUCUUCACCAGUUUCGCCUUGCAGCUCACCGCAGUUUUUAAGCCUUUAGAGGUAGACGGGGAGAAUCGUACACAGCCACGACGACAACGCCAGAUUUCGUACUCAUCGUGGAAUUGCUCUUCUUUGGCAUCUUUGGUCUGACAAAUCAAAAGGACUUCUCUUCCAUCACAGAUGCGCCAGAAAAUACCCGGAACAUGUCGAAGGUGGUGUUCGGUCUCUACAAUGUC